AUGGCGAAUAAGUCAAGAACUACCGGAUUAUCGAAAUGUACCGGAGAUACCCCAGACGACACAGGACAGUUUAAUCACGAGAAUAAUGAAAAUGCUAUGUAUAUUAGUAAUGGUGGAAUCAUGAAUGGUACACCAGAAGAUAAUCCACAGGUGUGGCCUGCCAAUACCACUCCUGAUAAUAAUGACAAUAAAAGAUUAUCUCAUAAUAAUGUAGAAAGAAAGAGAAAAGAGAAAAUUAAGAAAUGGAUUGUUCACAUUGGGAGUUUAUUACCUCCCCUUCCUCACACUACAGAGAAAGUGAGUACGAUAGAAACUAUGGAGAGAGCAGCCAGAUAUAUCACUGAAAUUAAAGAGAAAAAUGAACUGUUAUUAUCUGAUAAAAUAGACCAGGUCCAAGCUGAUGAGAUCGCUAAAUUAAAGAAAGAAUUAGAAGAGGUGAAACUAGAAAGAGAUAAUUACUCACAGAUUAUCAAACAUAAUGGUUUAUUGGUUGAUUCUCAAUGGAAGGCAGCCAGACUCCAGUCUUCAGCUGGCCUUCCUAAUGGUGAAGUCAUGGAAAGCUUGAGUCCGAAAGAGGAUGAUAAAACUAAAGGGAAAUCCAAAAGAAAGAAUGUAGUUAGCUCGCAAUUAGAAGCUAAGAAAGCAGAAGAAGCUGCACAAUCUUUAGGAAAUAUGUUCCAAGGGAUGUUCAGUGGUGUACAGAAUCAAAAUAUGAUGGUGAACAGCCCCUUUCCGAAUGGCAAUCAAGUGUUGAUGACCCCUAAUGGACAAGUUGUGGUGCCCAUGAAUCAACUGACAAACAAUCAAAAUUUAAUGAUGGAUAAAAGUCCCACUGGUUUAGGAUUGUUACAAAUGGCCAUGCAGGAUGCGGGGAUAAGCGAAUUCUCGCGACAACCCAGUCCUGACAAUACGUCUGCUUCUCGCGAUUUGACGACAACUUCAUCUGCGAUGGACGAUCCCAAUCAUGCGUUACAGACUCUUGCAUCUGUGGCUUCAAAUCCUCAAAAUGCUGUGCUGACGUCUGUGCCCUCGAGUCAGCCUAAUCUAUCAAAGGCUACGACAGCUCAGAGUAUGACCACAGCAGAUUCUCAAAUGGAUGUGACAUCUUCAAUGUCGAUUAUCAAUAGCGCACAGGAAAACUUAACCGUGACCUCUUCAAUUAACACAAUGACAGUGCCAGGCUCAGUGCCAAAUGUGGCUAAUAUUGGACAAGUCCCUAAUUCUGUGAAUAGUGCUAGCUCAGUGACUUCUGUCACCUCCGCAGCCCCUCCAAUCAUGUCCGUGGGGCAGACUGGUGUACCUCAAAUACCCAACCAAGGCAACAUGAUGGUCAACAUGCAGAACAUGGCGUUGAAUCCAAAUCAAAAUAUUUUAAUGCCAAACAUGCCCAAUAUGGGGUUAGGAAAUAUGUUCAUGAAUCCACAAGGACAGUUGAUAAUGGUGAAUGAACAAGGCGUCCCUGUAAUGGCAGGCGUCACAAAUGUGGUACCUCCAGAACAACAGCAGAACAUGACUAUACAGAAAGGGGGAAAAAAGGACAAGAAUCUGAAGAAGGGGUCUGCAGGACAACAACCAGGCCCUGUGAUAAAUAACAAUUUACAAGAACAGAUGAAUAUGACAGUAAUGACUUCUCAAGGCCCUGUGAACAUAAUCCAACCCCAACAGAAUCCUAUGAAUAUGAUGCCCCAAAAUACAAUGUUGCAACCCAAUAUGAUGCAGACUUUACCCAUGCAGGGUCAACAACAAGUGUCACUUCCUGGAAACCAGAAUGUGUUCCAACAACAGUUUGUUCAGAUGCCUUCUAAUAAUGGUGUAGCCAAUCAAAAUUCUGGAAUAAUUCUCCCAGCCAAUCAGAACGGUAAUAUGCUGACUCUGAAUGCAAUGCAGAAUCAACAGAACCAGUUGCCGUCUGCUUUAAUUCUGCCAAAUGGUCAGGUAAUACCAGUUGUUCAGAAUGCCCAGACACUGAUGAACAGUCAGCCCAAUGUUGUCACAAAUAAUACAAGUGUUCAAAUGCCUCUCCAACAAGGGGGCAUGGUUGUGCAGCCCAAUGGGGUCAUUGGAAACAUGCCCAGUAUGGAUAUGAACAACCAGUUGUUGAUGGGUCCUCAAGGAUUCCCGAUUGGAUCUCAAGCUCAGAUGCAGCAACCAAACAUGAUGUUUCCUGAUCAACUGAACAGCCAACAACCACCACAGGCUAUAACCACUUCAGCACCCACCAUGAGCAACACCGUCAUGGCUACCUCAGCUACACAAAGCAUUAUGACGCCACAAAUUCAAAAUUCUGGUGCUCCAAAGGUUGAUGGUUCUGUUCAGCAAACCACAGAUGCCACCAUGUUACCACGAAAUCCCGUCCAAGCUGGUAUCAGAGCAGUUGUACCAGAUCCAAAAGCCCUUGGCAAUCCUCAAGCUCCCCCACCUGCAUUAAACCCUGGAAUGGGAGCUCCUGGUCCAGCUAUUGGUCCCAAUGGAUCUAUAUUGUUGACUUUACCUAUUGAUGGACAGCAGAUGAGUGUUCUGGUGGAUCCAGUAACGAUGCAGGUCUUGGGAAGAGUUCCACCUCCUCAACCAAACGCCACAUCUCCUGCAACUCAAGCCUCUCUCACCACGGCAACUACGACCACAACUGCUGCCCCGAUUCCGAAUGCUAAAAAAUCAGCAGGGAAGAAGAAGAUUAUUCCCAAGCAACCAUCAGCAAAGAAGUCCAAAACUAAAUCCUCGCCUCCGCCAGAGAAUCAAACUCCAGCAGUAUCAGAAACUGAGAUGAUGGUAACUGAAUGUGCCCAAGAGACAACUGUGGCUGGUACUGCAAGCAAUAUCUUGGAGCAUGGAUUGAGUACUGAAGACUCUGUUGCUAUGACUGACAUCCUUGCUAAAGCUGCUGAAGAGGUUGUGGGUUUUUAUAAUCCAGCCAAUGAAGACAAUCCACUGCGGAUUGACACCAGUGCUGGGGAUACUGAAGAUGAUGGAAGUGCAUCUCCCCAAAAGAGUUUGAAGACUCCAGAAUCCACGCCAAAGGGUAAAGCUGAUGACAUCACUUCCAUUAAUAUGGAUUCCAUAUUGAAGUCUCCUGAUGAUGCUUUAUCAAUCAAUAUCCCAACAGAAGAAGAAGUUCAGCAAGCAGCAGCCGCUUGCGAAACUCCGCCGAGUAAAAAAUCAAAACAGAAGUCUCAGAAGAGUCCACAAGACUCCUUGGACACCCCAAAACUGAAUAAGAAAUCCAGCAAGAAGAAAAAACGACAGGAAGCCAUGAGUGACGAUAAUUCAGCUCUUCAUACCCCUACCUUAAAUGGUCCAGUUUUUGAUAUCCCGGAAGAAAUCACCUUUUCAGAAUCGCAACUCUCUGAUGUCUUAGACCAAGUUGAGAAACUAGAUUCAUCUUUUGCAGAAACGCCGCCAAAGAAAGCAAGUAAAAAGAAAUCGAAAUCUGAAGAUUCUGAUUUACCUGCAAGCAAGAAGCGAAAGAAAAGUGGGAAAGAGAAAGGAAAUUCUGGUCAAAAUCUUCCGGAACUUGCGACUCCUGUGUCGCAAGCAGCUGAGUCACGGAUGUCCAUUUACGAUUUUCAAGAUGAUAGUCCACCAGAAGUAUCUCCUGUUCGAAAAAGUGUUCUGGGAUCCCUCAAUACAUCCAAAUCUAACAAUGAGAACCAAAAGGGAUCCAAAGACACAAAUUCUAUAUCCCAUAAUUUUGACAUGUUGGACAGUGUUUUGUCUCAAACUCUAAACAUGAAGUCAGACAACAAUAACAAAACUACCAAAUCCCCCAGAACCAAAUCAAAAUCUAGCAAAAAGAAGAAGUCAAAAGAAGCCAAAGAACAAGAAGAGGAGCCUGCACCCUUGGAGAAGGUCCCUCUUUCACCCACCCCAGAACAACAAGCCUUAGCCAUAGAACAAAGCUUAGACAAUCUACUUCAAUCCCAAAAUGUAGAUCUCAGCCAGCCGAAUGAUUUAGUUCCUUCAUCAAUGGUCAAAAUGUUAGAACCUUUGGAAGAGUUGACUCCUGUCACCACCUCGGCGCCAACAGUGCUGAAAGACCCCACCCCACCGCCUGUGUCUGUACCCUGUACCUUUCCGGAACCUGUCAAAAGUGUUCCUGAGCCAGAACCUGCUCUUCCACCUCCACCCCCACCAAAUAAAACACCAGGUCAGACUCAAAAGGAUGAAGUGGUGUCCAAACCUCCAGCAGUUCCAAGCAGACAUCAAAUGGAACCGCCGCCAUUGAUGCAUCAGCCUCAAAGAAAUGAUCACCAUAAACACAAGACUCCUCCUUAUCAAUCUCCAUCCCAAUCUCAGAAUUCCUCAAAGCCGACUCAAUCUCCUCAUGCUAUGCAUCCUUCACCCCAGCACCAACCUUCAAAUCAGUCUCAGACCACUGUGCCGUUGUCCCAUAUGCCAACAACCCAAAGACAAUCGUCAAUGGUACCUUCCCAAGAUGGCUUCUCACAACACAAAUCUCCUGCCCAUCAUUCUCCAGCUCACAGUCUGAUGUCACCUAGCACCAUGAACAUGAGGAACAGCUUGGAACAGCCAAAUCAGAGCAUUGUGUCUCCACCCAAUGUCACAAUGGGAACAUCCUCUAGAGAUAUGAAUCCACCAAACAGACCCAAUCAGAACACAGACAUCAUCUCACCACCGAACGUCACAAUGGGAACCAUGCAGGAUGGAUUAAAUCAAGACCAAAGUAUUGUAUCACCGCCAAACAUAAACUUGGGAAACAACAGAGGUGGUCAUGGAUUCGGUCCAAUGAACAGUAUGUCUAGAGUUCCUGAUGCUUCUCCUAUCUUCCCACCUCCGGAACUUCCUUGCACCAAUAAUGAACCAUUGUUCCCUUCACCUAUUGCAUCCAUCCCUAAACUUUCUCACAUUGAAACAUCCCCUGUUAAGCCACCUUCGAGGAACAGCUCUGGAUCUAAUUCUGAUGCACCAUCUCAAAGAUCUAGAAAUAGUAUUUACUCUGCUGAUAAUUUUGUUCAAUCCAGUCCAAGCCGAAGCAACGAUGGACGACAAUCGCAAGACAACUCUCAACUCAACAACUGCUAUGGAAGACCUCAGCCAGAUUCGUCAGAAAGCUUCAACUUCACAAGUAUUGGUAUGAAUUUGACAUCAACUACUCAUUCUAACAGUUUAGCUGACGGCAUGUCGAGCUCUUCCACACCCUUCAGCUUUAGCCUGACUUCUGCAUCCUCAGUAGUGUCUUCGUCAUCAAGUUCCGUGAAUAACCCUGGUCUACCUUCGCAUGGCCACAAUCCAUUUUACCCCUCGCUACCAUUGCAGCCACCAGGACAACCUAAUUCACAGGAUAAUCAGAAUCCUCAUCAAGGUCCUACCAUGAAUAUGCUGGGAGUGGAUUUGAGAAACAGUAGACCACACUCUCGACAGAUGUCCAAUGGACCUCCAAAUCAGAACAUGUUUAAUUUUGGAAUGUCCGAUAUGAGUGAUUGUGCUUCAAGGGACCCUGCGUUACCACCUCGGCUGAAUUUACCAAAUAUGGACAAAUCUUCUCAUUCAGAAUUUCGAAACAAUAAUAAUAUUAACAAUAAGAGAAUACCGGAUCUAACGCCAUCUCGGUCCAUGACAAGUGGACCAAUGGAUCACAAUCCUUCUUCUCGAUCUCAAGUUAAUAGUGCUUCUUCAUAUUUCCCUCCCACAAACUUUAAUCAACCACCGUCAUCUCUCACCACUCCACCUUUACGGCAUCCCCCUGUUCAAAGCAACGAGCGCUCGCGUUUGACACAUCAGCCACCAUUCGAUCAAAAUUUUCAACCGCGUGGACCAGGUUUAUCUUCGAGUGCUUCAUUUGGUGCUAAUCGCUUUGAAAAUAACACAAACAAUACAGUGCCAAGACCCUCCAGUAGUGUACAUUAUGACUCCAGUUCCAACUUAAACCAAAAUAACAUGAGAAAAUCCACGUCAAGUCAACACCAGAAUAAACCAAAUAAGCAAUCUCAGCAGCAGAAUUCUGGAUCGGGGAGCUCACAAAAUCAUCAGAUACCGUCGCAAAAUACGAGUUCCCAAAACAAUCCUUUAUCUCAUAGAGAUAUGCCAAGUGCCCCGUCGCAACACCCUCGGCAAAAAUCACAAUCACGGAAACAAAGUAGCAAAAAGAGCAAACCUCAAGUGUUUAAUCCCGAAAUGGACACGAAUUUAGCUCAUUCAAUCUUUGACUCUAAUCAAGGAAUGCCACCUUAUUUCUCUGUGCCUAAUUUAUCUCCGAAUCCUAAUCGAAACCUUCAAGGAGAUGGACCUUCCUUUUUGCACAGUAAUUUGUUCGGUGGAUCACGUCCAAAUACUGGGCCAGGACCCAAAAACUCUGAUAUCGGUGUUUCUUUUAAUCCUUUGUUCAAUCCGUCACGCCCACAAAACAGUUUACCCGGUCUGAAUUUCCAGCCGGGUUUUGGAAUGAACCAUGUAAGUGCUUCAAGUGCUCCUCAGAUAACGCCUCAUUCUGGAAACGUUGCCAUGGCACCACAUUUAAUGUCGAAUUUCGGUUUGAGCAAUAUUUUUUCGGAUGUGAACAAUUCUCAAGGUGAUUCGUUGAAUAUUUCUCCGAUAAAGUUUCCCCACGGGAAUCACAUGUUACAGCAACAUGGAAUGGACCCGAAUUCUUUGCAACAUCAUCAUCAAAAUAGUGCAUUAUAUCAUAAUCGUGGUCAUCCUGGACAACAAUUACAUAAUGCCAUGGCUAUUAAUAGCUUAUUAGGACAUAAUCCCCAUGGUUUUGAUGUGCGGCCAAUGGGACAAGGUAUAAACAGUGGGCCACCCUUUCAUGGACCUGGACAUCCAGGAUCUUUCGGCAUGCCACCUUUAAAUUUUUCAUUACAUGAUAAUCAUUAA